CUGAAAUUCUACUUAAACAAACUAAUAAUGAUAUGUUGUUGCUACAAAUCAUCGGUGGUAUUAUCCUGGCCACAACUCUGGCACAGUUCCAAGAAGAAGGACACGGCGGCCACCAUAACGGCUCACAUAACGGCUCACAUAACGGCUCACAUAACGGCUCACAUAACGGCUCACAUAACGGCUCCCACAACGGCUCACAUAACGGCACUGCCACUAACUGUACAGGAAAUCAGUACGCCUGCGAAUCCUCCUCUAUGUGCAUCUUCGAGCAUUGGGUUUGUGACAAUGAAGCUGACUGUCCUCAGGGUGACGAUGAACUGAACUGUUCUAACAAUAACAGUACAGACAACAACAACGGAACAGACGGCUCACAUAACGGCACUGCCACUAACUGUACAGGAAAUCAGUACGCCUGCGAAUCCUCCUCUACGUGCAUCUUCGAUUAUUGGGUUUGUGAUAACUACGAUGACUGUCCCUAUGGUGACGAUGAACUGAACUGUUCUCACAAUAACGGUACAGACAACAACAACGGAACAGACGUCUCCUGCCAGUAUGAUGAGUUCGCGUGUAACUCCACCAGUUGUAUCCCCAUGAGUGGGUUGUGUGACGGCUACGCUGACUGCAACACAGGUAUUGAUGAGUUGAACUGUAAUGAAACAGAAAAUGGAACUGACUCAGGCUGGUACACUGACCAGCCCUCUGACUUUCCCUCCGCCCCCUCCUCCAGCUGUCCACGUGGAGAGCACGCCUGCCCAUCUGAUAGAACCAUUUGUGUUACAAUGCACCAGAUCUGUGAUCAUGUUUAUGAUUGUCCAGAGGGAGAAGAUGAACUGAAUCCCCACUGUCAUGGAAGCCAGAACAAAACUUCCGUACAUUUCGAGUUUGGAGGACUGGAGUUUGAGGUAAAAGCUGGCCGACACAUUGACCAUCAGAAGGUGGCCGGCCCGAUGGAGUUCCUGUUCGGUCUGUUGAGCAAUGUUGCUUGCCUGGUCUGGGAUCAGUGUCAUCCUGAUGCUUAGUUACUCUCGUUAUCCACAACAGAGACUUUUGUUAUCAUAUUUAGAUUUUUUGUUGAAAAUUUAGCAUAAGAUAUGAACUGCUAUAGCUAAUUACUUGCCUAAUAUUGUUGUUCCGUAUUAAUGUUUCAAUACAAUUGUAAACAGAAACUACUACUC